AUGUUUCGUGAGGAGCAGAACCCGGUGUUGGACAUUGCGCCUGGAGUCACGGCAAUGAAUAUUGUCCGGAAACGGAGAAUAAAGAAGAACAAGGAGGUGUUACCGUCCCUUAAAAGUGCGCCGGAACCUACCAGGACCAGAGCCGAGGCAAAGGAGGAAUCGUUGCAACAAGCUGUUGAAAAGAAGCGCAACAACAGUGUCGCGCUGUCCAACUCAACCUCUUCUGAAGCGAGCAUCCGAUCCUAUUCUGGCCUCCGGCUACAAGAUGACAUUGCUACGGUGUCAAGAGCGCGUAACUUCGAGUACACAACUGCACAUCUGCUCAAUGGGAUCAGCGAAGACUCGGAUAGCCUGGCUGUCAAGCACCAGCCACGGAGCAAGAGCGCCCAUGACAUGUUGGAUGAGCCGUUUGAGCGCAUCCAACCGACCGGCUCCUCCCUGAGCCAAAAGACACCGGAGAAAUUGCUGUCCAGACAGCGCACCCAGACUACCAUCGAUCUAUCCGAUUCUGUGGCAACGGCCAUUGCCACCCAAACCGAACACACGAUCCCGAUAUUUAUCAACUCGCGGAGGAAGAGCGAGGCUUACAAGCAAAGGGGAUAUGGUAGCUGGAAGAACAGAGCGCAC